AUGGCUGUAUCAUGUCGGACGGUCGUCGGUGUUGUAACGUGUACGAGGCCCGAAGUUCUUGAAGCUGACCGGGGCAUUGAACGACCAGAGUUUCGGCGGGUGUUGGUGGGUGAGGUCACUGGUGGGGCAAACCUGGCCACCGCUGAAUGGCGGGGGCUUGGAUGCGCUGGUCUCAGCUUCCCGUCGGAGGAGAGCGGGGGAGGGGUCGCUUCCGAAUCGCGCCUCUACACCUUCUCCCAGGAGACCAAGGACCAUCUGCGCAAGUUCCGCCUCGGAACGUCGCGGUCCAAUGAACCCCAAGCUGUCAUAUACUACAUCGAUAAGAACACGCACGAGAUCCGCCAAGACGACGACAAGGUCGUGUACAAGUCGCUCGAGGAGGUUAGCGACGACCUCCCGGACCACAGCCCGCGCUUCGUGCUCCUGAGCUACCCGCUUACACUGCCCUCCGGCCGCCUGUCGGUGCCCUACGUUCUGAUCUACUACCUCCCAAUCACUUGCAAUAACGAGAUACGGAUGCUGUACGCGGGCGCUAAGGAGCUGAUGCGGAACACCAGCGAGGUCGGACGCGUGAUCGACAUCCAGGACGUCGAAGACCUGGAGGAGAUACCGCAGAAGUUGGGCUCUGCGUGA